AUGAGUGGUCAUUGCGCAGGCCUUCAGGCACUCAUAAAGGAGAAAAAUCCUCUGGCUGAGUGGGAAAUUUUAAUGUCAGCAUUAAAAUCAAAGUGCACUGUUAAAAAUCUGUCUCAAACAAGAUGGUCGGCCAGACAUGAUGCUUGCAAAAGUUUGAGCGAGUCAUUGCCAGAAAUUUUGGAUGUCUUAAAACGUUUUUCUGACGAUAAAGAUGAGAAGCCACUUUGGGAUACUUUAUAUUUUGCCGUAUUACUCUACACAAUUAAAAAUUCUUACUUGUUUAAUUGGCAAUACUCUUCAAAACUUAGAUGUCCCAGUUUAUGUUUAUGUAAAUGGAAAAGUGGUAAGAAAUGGGUGCAAUGCAGAGAUCAUAAUUUUCAAGAUCUUCCUGAAGGUGUACAAGAAGAAACACAAGUGCUUGAUCUUUCUGAUAACCAAUUUCUGAACCUUCCAAAUAAUAGAUUUUAUGAACUACGACUUAUGAAUUUACAAAGACUUUAUUUAAAAAAUUCAAAAAUACAAAGACUGUCUGCCAAAACAUUUACAGGACUGCAAGGUCUAGUUGAGCUUGAUUUAUCUGAAAACCAACUUGAGAAAAUACCACCUAAAGUUUUUUCUCCUCUAGAUAAUUUAAUGCGACUGAAUUUGGCAGGUAAUUUAUUAAAAAUAUUACCUAAAAACGUUUUUUCUAAUCUUGGUCAGUUGAUUUUUUUGGAUAUCAGUCGAUGUCAUAUAUCACAAAUUGAGACAAGAACUUUUACUGGCCUAAGAGCUCUUGAAUGGCUACGUUUAAAUGACAACAUGCUUGAGAACAUACCAGAAUCUGUGCUUCCAUUGACAGCUAGUUUACAUGGAUUAUCGUUACAUGGCAAUCCUUGGAAGUGUAACUGCCAUUUAUUAACACUGCAUAGAUGGUUAGAUACUUCCCAAGAUCAAGUACCACAAGAAGUAGAUCCACGUUGUAACGAACCAGCUAGAUUAAGAAAUAUGCCUGUAAGAACAUUGAAAAAUCAUGAAUUAGCUUGCAUUCCUUUUGUCCAACUAACGGGAGGCUUGGAUAUUGUUAAAGAAGGAAAUGUCACUCUACAAUGUAAAGUAGUAGCUGUUCCGCCAGGACAGCCUCAGUGGUUUUUAAAUGGAAAACGUCUUGAGUUUGAUUAUAGAUCUUCAUCGAUUAAAAAUGUCAAGUGCUUCGACAUAUAA